AUGUCGACGGUAUCCUCGGUGCGCGUGUCGCCACUGGCGUACAAGAAGCUCGUGCUGCACGCAGCCAAGUACCCAACUUCUCGCGUGCUGGGCCUCCUGCUCGCCGACUCCUCUUCUUCGUCGGAGCUCCUCAUCACAGACAGCAUUCCGCUUUCGCACCACUGGACGUCGCUCGCGCCCGCUGCCGAAGCGGCGCUCUCGCUCGCGACAUCCUACGCUGCUACACGCAAGCUCGUGGUGGUGGGCGUGUACGAGGCGCCCGAACUCGUGGCUACGGUUGCGCCGUCAACGCACGCGCUGCGACUCGCGGAAAAGAUCGCGGGCCUCGCGCGCAGGGAGGCGGUGCUGGUGCGCGUCAACAAUGCGACCAUCUUGAACCCGAACACCCAUGCAAUGACUGCAUAUCCCGUCGCGAUGGCACAGGGAAAGACGGAGCAAAAGCCAAAGCCCCUCAAGCAGGAGGCGCUGACACUGCAGCAGCCAGACCAGGUCCAGAAGCUGUACGAUGCAAUGAACACCAGCGGCGACUGGGAACACCUCGUUGACUUCGACGAUCAUCUGGAGAAUCCGGCACUCGACUGGCUGCAGAACCCAGCCAUCUCGGCAUAA